AUGAGGAUUAGGAUUAGGAUUCUUAUCACAUGUGAUUCAGUGAGCGAGGAUUUCACUAUCGAACUACCCCGUCACGGUUUCCGCACGAGCCGAGGCAGCCGCAGAUGCCCUCUUGCGUCCCGCGCAUCGCACCCCGUCUUCUCACCCAGCAUGCUCAGCGCCGUGAAGUUCGUUAGGGUUGAGAGCGGUGGCGAGAAGAGGAAGGAUAGCCGAGGGAGUAAGGUGAAGCCCAGGAAGGGGUCGGACGACUCGAGCGACAGCGAGCGCGAGAGACGGCGGAAGAAGAGGAAGCGGGAGAGGGGCGGGAAGAAAGGGAAGAAGAAAGGGCGGCGCGGGAGUGAGAGCGAGGCGGGGGAGAGCGAAUCAGAGAGCGAGGAUGGGCAGGCUGCGAGGAGAGCGAGGAAGCGGGAGGAGAGGAGGAAGAGGCGCGGCAAAUGGAUUGAGGACGUAUCGGACGGCUCAGAUGACUCGGAGGGGUCGCAUGAGGAGGGCGACGAGAUACGAGCUGGUGUGACGGCAGGCUCAGGUGCAGGCUCAGGAGGCUCGGGUGCAGGGUUGGGUGCGCGGUCAGAGGGAGCGGCGCAGGGCGGGCAGCAGGCGCGCGAGGCAGCGGGGCUGGAGUGGAUGCUGCGCGCGCCAGAUCGGCCGUUUGGGGAAAUGAGGGCGGAGGAAAAGGAGGAGGAGGACGGCAGGAAAGAGGUGGUGCUGGGAAGCAGUGCACGGGAACUUAACCCCUACUUCAAGACCGGGGAUGGCUUCCCUGACUCCGCUGCCGCCCACCCAGCCGCCGACCCUGCCGCCCAUCCUGCCGCCCAACGGCCGGGUUCUGCCCGCCCAGCACCGCCGCCUGGUGUGGGCGAUGGCGGCGCCAGCUGGCGGCUGAAGGCUCUGCGGCGCGCCAAGGAGCAGGCGGAGCGCGAGGGGAAGCAGCUGAGCGAGCUGGCUCGUGCUGACGUGGCGGGGCACGGCGCGGGCGGAGGAGAGUUGGAGAAACGGGUGGGGGCUGGGGAGGAGGCGAGGGGUGCAGACAGUGGGAAGAGAAGCGCAGCAGGGGAGAGGGGCGAGGAUGCAGCAGGCAGUGGUGGGGCUGGAGGCAGGGCAGAGGGAGCAGCUGCAGGUGAUGGGGAGAGGGGUGAGAGGAGGGAGGGCGGUGAGGGAAGGGCGAGUGACGACGGUGGAAAGACGGGUGCGGGAGAGGAGGUGGGGAGAUCAUGGGGAGGGGGAGGGGAGGGCAUGGAGGGCGGCAGUGAGCGUGUUGGUGCGGCUGCUGUGGAUGUGGGCGAUGCGCGCGUGCAGGAGAUACUGGCGGGCGGACUGACAGCCAAUCAGAUGGCAGCAAAGGCCAUGCGGCUGAAGCUGAUGGGCAAGGCUGAGGAAGCCGACUGCUGGCAGGUGGGAUGGGCGCAGGUGGGAUGGGCGCAGGUGGGGUGGGGCGAGUGGAGGAUGGUAAGGGAAUGUGGUAGUGGAAUGUGGCGGAGGGAGUGCGCUGUAACAGGUGCAGGAGCUAGCGCUACCUGUGGGGUGCACUUCUCUGAUGCACUGACGAUGCUUGGUCCUGAUCGACCAGUUCCUCAACUAGACUAUGUUUCCUUUUCACCAUCACCAUCACCAUCACCAUCACCAUCACCAUCACCAUCGUCCGUGCAUCUCACAGCGUGCAGCAGCAGCCAAGUCCCAGCCCCCUCCUCCACCAGCACCACCGCCCGCGCUGCUGGCUGCACCCGCCACAUCCACACUGGAGCCCUGGGCCCUGGGGGAGGGCAGGGGGACGGAGAGGGGGAGGCGGGGGAGGAGGAGGGGCGGAGGGAGGUGGUGCAGCUGCCGCUGGUGGAUGGCAGGGGGCGGUACCUGCCAGCUGUCAUGGCGGCACGGGAGGGGCGGGACGAGGUGCAGGCGGGGCGGCAGGCGAAGCGUGUGGAGCGAUACGAUGUGGAGGGGGGCACGGGGCAGCGGGCGAGGUACUUCGCGGAUGAUGACGGGGUGUCACUGCGCCAGCUGGUGGCGGCGGAGCGGGCGGGCGGCGCGGACGACCUGAGCAGCUGGGAUCGGCGCGUGGCGGCGGGCAUUGGGCGGGCGGGCGGGCGGUACAAGGGGCCGGUGGAGGUGGAUGAUGAAUACGACUGGGAUGACGGGCUGCAGGCUGGGGGGGGUGCAGGGGGGCGGAAGAAGGCCAGCUUGGCUCUCCCUUGUGGCCACCGCGCACCGGCACUGCCUGCACCUCCUAACAGGGCGUCACAGCAGCAGAGGGAGAAGGCGGGGCAGGUGGGCGAGUUCAGGCGCCAGGCGGCGGUGCAGCAGCGCUGCCAGCAGUGCAUCGACAGCCCCGCCCGCCCUCGCCACCUCGUGGUGUCUGUUGCCACCCACAGCUACCUCAUGCUGCCGCCCAGCGGCUCUCUGCUGCCCAACCAUGUGCUCAUCGUGCCCUCUGAGGUAAAUCACACCGUGCAGUGGCCCCACAAGGCGACCCUCACACUCAAAACCCCUGCUACAAUGCCCGUGCAUGCUCGUGCCCCACACUCACCCCCUCCGCCCCUUGCCUUUCCCCCCCGGUGGUGGCAGCACGAGGGCAGCAUGCGGGUGGUGGAGGAGGCGGUGUGGGAUGAGGUGCGCAACUUCAAGAAGUGCCUCACGCGCAUGGCCAUGGCCAUGGCGGUGGACGAGGGCGCGGGGUUGAUCUUCCUCGAGACAGCCGUGGGGGUGGGGGGGGGCGCGGGGCGGCAGCGCAGGCACUGCUACGUGGAGGCCAUCCCCGUGCCCGCUGCUGUCAUGGCCCAGGCUCCUCUCUACUUCAAAAAGGCGUUGGACGAGGCGGAGAGCGAGUGGAGCGAGCAGCACAGCAAGCGCAUCAUCGACACGCGUGCCAUCAGAGGCGGGCUGCGCGGCGCCAUCCCGCCCAACUUCCCCUACUUCCACGUCGAGUUCGGCCUGCAGGGCGGGUACUGCCAUGUGAUUGACGACGAGAGCUCCUUCAAGGCCUCCUUCGGCCGUGAUGUGAUCGCCGGCAUGAUGGAGAUGGACCCUGAGAGGUUCGGUGGCCGCGCGCGCGCCAGAGGGGGGCGGGGAGGGGUGGGGUCGCGCCCGCAGGAGGUGCAGCAGAGCGUUGCAAAGUUUAUAGAGAGUUGGAAGCCUUUUGAUUGGACCAAGAUGCUUGACUCGUGA